AUGAAGUGGAAUACAUUUGUCGCUGCCUUAGGGCUGUUUGCACCUACUAGCGCACUACUUCGAUUCGGCUGCGCCCGUCUGACCGUCCAGCGUCUGGACCCCUUGGUCAACCCUGGGAUGAACCCAUCACCUCAUCUUCAUCAGAUCAUCGGAGGCAACUCCUUCAACAUUUCAAUGGACCCCAAGACACAUGAUCUCGCAAAACUUUCCACUUGCACGAGCUGUCAAUUCACCGAAGACUUCUCUAAUUACUGGACCGCCGUUCUCUUCUUCCGUGCCAAAAAUGGUACUUUCAAGAGGGUCCCGCAAAGAGCCCAACAAGGUAUGGACGGCACUCAGGGUGGUAUGGUGGUCUAUUAUAUGACAGAUGCCCUCUUCGAUACCGCACAAAAAUCAAAGGUUACUGCUUUCAAGCCAGGCUUUCGUAUGCUUGUUGGCGAUUUAAACUACCGGACCCGCGAACAAGCCAGAGAUUUCCGACAACUUACUUACAUAUGUAUGGAGAACGAGGGUACCCGCGCUCCAGAGACUCUCGAAUUCCCUAAAAAGCCUUGUCCUGCCGGUAUCAUGGCCAACCAUCGUUUCCCGACCUGUUGGGAUGGUGUUAACCUGGAUUCCCCUAACCAUCGAGACCAUGUUGCGUAUCCAGAGACCGGUACCUUCGAGUCUGGCGGAAAUUGUCCUUCUACACAUCCGGUCAAAAUCCCUCAACUCCUGCUUGAGACUGUCUGGGAUACUAAAGCCUUUAAUAAUAAGGCAGAUUGGCCUGAGGAUGGCAGUCAGCCAUUUGUCUGGUCUAGCGGCGACAAGACUGGCUAUUCUACCCAUGCUGAUUACGUUUUUGGCUGGAAGGACGAUUCUCUCCAAAAGGCUAUGGAUGGCCAUACCUACGUUUCCGCUCCGAUGCUCAAGACGCAGACUAUCGCUCAACAGAACAAGUGUAUAGUUCCCGAUAUGGUUAAAGAGAAUAUAGAUGACUGGCUCCCCGCUCUGCCUGGCAACGUUAUGGUCACUUAAAAGAGGACAUAACAGUAAGAGAAGAGACAGAGUAAUAACGACGAUUCAAAUACCCUUUACGCAAAUUACCCAAUUGAAGUUGAGGCCCUUCUCGUCCUUCGUUGCAUGUGGUAGGGUAAAUGGUUCUUCGGAUGUUGGUUCAGUGGCGAUGAUAACUGCUAAGCCGCUAACUAGCGACAUAUCUAUCGACAAUGGACUAUUGUC